CGCACCUCGGCCAGCUCUGGGGGUGCUCCGAGGCUGACUUCUCUGGCCAGCAAUUCCAGAGCUGCUGGUAAGGCUGGGGGCCAGCCCACACAUUCCCUGCGGGGGUGUCUGCAUACGCCAGGUGCUCAAACCUGGGGCCGAGGAGGCAGGAGAACUUCUCAGGUCCAGGUCGGCUGCGGGAAGACUGUGAGGACCGCACUGGACGCUGGAUCCAGCCUCAGCCUCGAGUGGGCUCACAGCCAGGACGGGCCCGCUGGAGUCCCCUGGGGGCUCCAGCCCCACCUCGAUGGAUCGUCUCCAGCUGCCAAGGCAACACUGCCUGUUGCUGCUGCUGCUGCUGCUGCUGCGGGCGGUGCCUGGUGCGGGAGGAUCCUGGCAGUGCCCGCGCACCCCCUACGCCUCUACCCGCGACUUUGACGUGGAGUACAGGCUGCUCAGCUUCUCCGCCGGUGGUGUGGUACAGGCCGUGGCGGCCUUCGAGGACAAGGACUGGGGCGCCAGCGCCGUGUUCGUGGCCAUUCGCAACCGCCUGCACAUGCUUGGGCCUGACCUGCAGCUGGUGGAGAGCCUGGCCACCGGCCCGGCCGGGGACCCUGACUGCCAGACCUGUGCCGCCUGUGGCCAGGAACUCCAGGGCCCGCCGAGCAACACAGACGCACAGGUGCUGGUCCUGGAGCCCGGGCUGCCCGCGCUGGUCAGCUGUGGCUCCAGCCUGCACGGCCGCUGCUUCCUGCACGAGCUUCAGGUCAGUGGGUCGACCCUGCACCUAGCACCGCCAGCCUGCCUCUUCUCGGCAGAUCGCAACCGUCCGGAGGACUGCCCUGACUGUGUGGUCAGCCCUCUGGGCACUGUCAUCACGGUGGUGGAGCAGGGUCAGGCCUCCUACUUCUAUGUGGCAUCCUCCCUGGACCCCACGGUGGCCGCCAGUUUCAGCCCCCGCUCCGUGUCCAUCAGACGCCUCAAGGCUGAUGCCUCAGGGUUUGAAGGCGGCUUUGCAGGGCUGUCGGUGCUGCCUGCCUACCUCGCUUCCUACCGAAUCCAGUACGUAUACACAUUCCAAGCCGGACCUUUUGUCUAUUUCCUGACGGUGCAGCCCACCAGCGAGGCCGCGGCACCUGGCGCUGUGCACACGCGUGUGGCCCGGCUCGGCGCCACCGAGGCGGACCUGGGUGAUUACCGGGAGAUGGUCCUUUAUUGUCAGUUUGCUCCUAAGCGCCGGCGACGGGGGGUUCCUGAGAGCGGGCAGACCUACCCGGUGCUGCGGGCGGCCCACACUGCACCCGUGGGCGCCGGACUGGCCAGUGAGCUGAGUGUCGCCGAGGGCCAGGAAGUGCUCUUCGGAGCCUUUGAGGCUUAUACAGGCAGCCCGGGCGUGGGCCCCAGCUCUGUGGUCUGUGCCUUCCCCAUCAAGAUGAUGAACGAACUCAUCGAGACCGGCGUGGAGUACUGUUGUGGGCCUGCCGUCUCCCAGCGUUUUGAGCGAGGACUGAACUUCUUCCAGCCACCCAGUUUGUGUCCCAACCCGCCUGGCUUGACAGCUCCCAACCCAAACACCAGCUGCCACCACUUCCCUCUGUUGGUCAGCAGUGGCUUCACACGUGUGGACUUGUUCAACGGACUGUUAGGAUCAGUGCAGGUCACUGCACUGCACGUGACACGUCUUGGCAACGUCACAGUGGCCCACAUGGGCACGAAUGACGGACGCAUCCUGCAGGUGGAGCUGGCCAGGUCUCUCGACUACCUGCUGUAUGUGUCUAACUUCUCACUGGGCAGCAAUGGGCAGCCCGUGCACCGGGGUGUCACUCGCCUUGGAGACCACCUGCUCUUUGCUUCUGGGAACCAGGUCUUCCAGGUGCCUAUCCGGGGCCCUGGUUGUCGCCACUUCCUCACCUGUUGGCGUUGCCUGCGGGCACAGCGUUUCAUGGGUUGUGGCUGGUGCGGGGGCACGUGCGGCUGGCAGGAGGAAUGCCCUGACUCCUGGCAACAGGACUAUUGCCCACCAGAGCUUACUGAGUUCUAUCCCCACAGCGGACCCCUGAGAGGCAGCACGAGGUUGACUCUGUGUGGCUCCAACUUCUACCUCGAUGGUGCUGAUGUGACAGCCGAGGGUACUCAUCAUGUCACAGUGGGCCAGAGUCCCUGCCGACUGUUACCCAAGGACAGCUCAAGCCUCAGUCCAGUGCCCCAAAAGGACUUUGGAGAGGAGCUUCAGUGCGAUAUCGAGCCCUUGGGUGCACAGGCAGUCGGAUCCGCCAACAUCAGCCUCACCAUAGCCAACAUGCCAGCAGGCCAGCACUUCCACGUAAAUGGCACCUCUACCCUGCAGGGCUUCUCUUUCGUGGAGCCUAUGCUAACGGCAAUACAACCCCUCUAUGGGCCACGAGCAGGGGGCACCUGCCUCACCCUUGAAGGCCAGGGUUUGUCUGUCGGUACCAGCCGGGCUGUGCUGAUCAAUGGAACUGAGUGCCCUCUGGAGUGGGUCAGCGGGGAGCAGCUUCUGUGUACCACACCCCCAGGGACUGCGACGGCCAGCGUUCCCAUUCACCUGCAGGUGGGAGGUGCUAAGGUGCCUGGUUCUUGGACCUUCACCUACUCGGAAGACCCCAUUGUGCUGAACAUCAGCUCCACCUGUGGAUACACUGGCUCCCAUAUUACCAUUUACGGCCAGAAUUUGACUUCAGCUUCGUAUCUAGUGCUGUCAUUCCACGAUGGGCUUCAGCAAGUGGAGAGCAGGUGCGAGAGGCAGCUUCCAGAGCAGCAGCGGUGCCGUCUGCCUGAAGUCAUGGUCCGAGGAGCCCAGGGGUGGGUGGCAGGGAACCUGAGUGUCCGGGCAGAUGGAGCUGCUGGCUUCACAAUGUCCAGCUUCCGCUUCCUGCCAGCACCUCACCCACCCAGCAUUGAGCUGGUCCCACUGAAGCCUGAGGAGCAUGCUGUUAAGUUUGAGUAUAUAGGUCUGGGUGCCGUGGCUGACUGUGUGGAUGUGAACGUGACCGUGGGUGGUAAGAGGUGCCGGCAUGAACUCCGGGGGGAUGUGGUCAUCUGCCCCCUGCCCGCUUCCCUGCAGCUCGGCAAGGAAGGCACCCCACUGCAGGUCUGUGUGGAUGGUGAAUGUGACAUCUUGGCCAAGGUGGUUCGGCCAAACCCAGCGGGGGCCCCACAAAGGUUGCUCCUUGGUCUCUUGCUGGCCCUGAUUCUGCUUCUGGUUAUUCUGGUCACCUUGCUAAUCUUCAAGCACAGACGGAGGAAGCAGCGAGUUCUUUCUCUGAACCUGGAUGCUCAGUCAUCUCUGGACCAGACCACUGGAGCCAUAUCUCUGUCUCUGGUCCGCUCAGGCUCUAUCUGCGAAAAUAGCCCUGUGUCCUCUGCCAUGGAUGGUCUGGAUUCCACCACCCAGUUCCACAAAGCCUCCUUCUCAGACAUCCAGGAUAAGUCACAUAUCCCACUGCUGUGGACGGAGUCCAACCAACUUGGGAGCUUGGACUCUGCACUUUUGGCUGAGGUCAAAGAUGUGCUGAUUCCUUAUGAAAGGGUGGUCACCCACAGUGACCAAAUUAUCGGCAAAGGCCACUUUGGAAUUGUCUACCAUGGAGAAUAUACAGAUGAGGCCCAGAAUCACAUUCACUGUGCUGUCAAGUCACUGAGUCGCAUCACAGAGAUGCAGGAGGUGGAGGCCUUCUUGCGUGAGGGCCUGCUCAUGCGAGGCCUGCACCACCCCCACGUGCUGACUCUCAUUGGCAUUGUGCUACCACCGGAAGGGCUGCCCCGCGUGCUGCUGCCCUACAUGAAGCACGGGGACCUGCUCCAGUUCAUCCGCUCACCCCAGCGGAACCCGACAGUGAAGGACCUCAUUAGCUUUGGCCUGCAGGUGGCCUAUGGCAUGGAGUACCUGGCAGAGCAGAAGUUUGUGCACAGGGACCUGGCUGCCCGGAACUGCAUGCUGGAUGAGUCCUUCACGGUCAAGGUGGCUGACUUUGGUCUGGCCCGCUACAUCCUGGACAAGGAGUACUACAGUGUGGAGCGGCACCGCCACGCUCGCCUGCCUGUCAAAUGGAUGGCACUGGAGAGCCUGCAGACCUACAGGUUCACCACCAAGUCUGACGUGUGGUCAUUUGGUGUCUUGCUAUGGGAGCUGCUGACACGGGGUGCCCCUCCGUACCCACACAUUGACACUUUUGACCUCACUCACUUUCUGGCCUGUGGCCGGCGCCUACCCCAGCCUGAGUAUUGCCCCAAUUCUCUGUACACAGUGAUGCAGCGCUGCUGGGCUGCGGACCCCACAGCACGACCCACCUUUCGGGAGCUCACGGGGGAAGUGGAAUGGGUGGUGGCCGCACUGAGUGGAGACCACUAUGUCCAGCUGCCUGCAACCUACGUGAACCUGGGCCCUGGUGCUUCAGAUGAGGCAAAUGUGCCCCCCAAACAGCUGCUGUCCUCUUCUGUGAACAGGACUGCAGGGCUGUCCCGGCCCCUCUCAGAGCCGCCUCUGCCCACGUGACCUCAGCCCUGAUCAGACCCUGGAGGCCAUACCUGUACCCCUAACAGUGUCUGGACCAUGCCAGGUUAGGGAGGUGACUCAAGCUGCCUAACCUUCUGGGGCAACAGGAAGGGAGCAGGGCACAUUGUACCCCACCUCCUUUCCAUGGAACACCAACGAGUGUAAUGAUCCCCCCACCCCCAGAGCACUGAUCAGCUCUGGCUUGUGGUGGUGUGGGGAAUUGAGCCUGGGACUUUGGAGCAUCAGGCAUGAAGUCUCUUUGCAUAACAAUUAUGCUAUCUAUCCCCAGUCUAUUUUUUUACUAUUUUGUUUUUUGACCAGAACACUGCUCAGCUCUGACAUAUGGUGGCACCGAGUAUUGAAUCUGGAACCUCUUGCAUGCAAGCCCCCCACACUGCCUCUGUGUUGUUUUCCCAGCCCUGCAACGAGUAUUUAUGGAGCACCUGCUGUGUGCCUGGGCUGCUGGGCAUAGGGAACUCGAUGGAUAGAUACACCAGUUCAAACUAAUACAUGAAGAAAUGAAUUCAAAUAUAAAUUGUGGUAAAUGCUAGGAACGAAAGAGACAGGCUGCUCUGAGGGAAUGGAGGACAGCUUUAGAUAGAUGCACAGAGAGGUAAGGGAAAAUUCCCCAGAAGGUGACAUUUUCCUGAGACCCAAACAGGUGGGAACUGUGCUAGAAGCAGUUUCAAGAAUAGAGAGGGUUUUUUUUUUUUUUUUUUUUUUGGCAGAUCAAGCAACAUAUGCCGAGACCCCAGGCGAGAAAGAGGUUGGAUCAACAUGAAGGCACCGGAGGGCAGAAGGGCUAGGCAGGGCUCAGAUCCAGAGUAAAGGGGCUCAGAGACUUCAAUGAUUUAUUUAUUACAUAUGAGAGAAUUCCCCCUGGGCUAGAGAGAAAGAGAGGCAAGUCUGAGCACCACUCUAGGACAUGUGAUGCCAGGAUCAGAUUGGGAAUCUCAGGUGUGUGAGGCUGAUGUUCUGGUCAUUCAGCUAUUUCCCCAGGAGCACCAGAGACUUUUAUUCUUAUUAUUAGUUAAUGAGAGAAAGAUAGACGAGAGCAUUCCUCAGUUCUAGUUUAUGGUGGUGCUGGGGACUGAACUUUAGAGCCUCAGACAUGAAAGUCUUUUGCAUAACCAUUAUGCUGUCUUCCUAGUCUGAAACUUAAAAAAAAGAAAUUAAGUGCUACUAGGGUUUUCUCUGGGGCUUAGUGCCAGACAAUGAAUUUACUGCUCCUAGUGGCCAUCCCCCCCCAUGCUUUUCCUUUUAUUUGAUAGGGCUGGAGAAACGAGGUGGGAUAGGGAAAGAGGGAACGAGAAAGAGAGAGACACCUGCAGCACUGCUUCACUACUUGUGAAGCUGCCUUUUUUUUUUUUUAAUUUAUUUUUAUUUUUUAUUUAUUUAUUCCCUUUUGUUGCCCUUGUUGUUUUAUUGUUGUAGUUAUUAUUGAUGUCGUUGUUGUUGGAUAGGACAGAGAGAAAUGGAGAUAGGAGGGGAAGACAGAGAGGGGGAGAGAAAGACAGACACCUGCAGACCUGCUUCACCGCCUGUGAAGGGACCUGCCUGCAGGUGGGGAGCCGGGGGCUCGAACCGGGAUCCUGACGCCAGUCCUUGAGCUUAGCGCCACCUGCGCUUAACCCGCUGAGCUACAGCCCGACUCCCGUGAAGCUGCCUUUUGAUGCAGCUGAGAACCAGGGGCUUAAGCCCUGGUUUCUGUGCAUGGUUAUGUUUGCACUCAGUGGGGUGAUCACCCCCCAGUCCUCUGAAGACUUUUGUUUUUAAUUAUGUUUAUUUGUGAGGGUGAAACAACACCACUUUGGCAUAUGCGGUGUUAGGGAUUGAACUCAGGACCUUAUGCUUGUCCUUAAAGUCAGGCAUUCUACUCACUGUUCCCCCUCUCAGGGAUCAGAGUUUUUUUUAUUUAAAAAUGUUUUUAUAUUUAUUUAUUUUCCCUUUUAUUGCCCUUGUUGUUUAACAUUGUUGUGGUUAUUGAUGUCGUUGUUGGAUAGGACAGAGAGAAAUGGAGAGAGGAGGGGAAGACAGAGAGGGGAAGAGAAAGAGAGACACCUGCAGACCUGCUUCACUGCUUGUGAAGCGACUCCCCUGCAGGUGGGAAGCCAGGGGUUCAAACCGGGAUCCUUACACCAGUCCUUGUGCUUUGCGCCACUUGCACUUAACCCGCUGCACCACCACCCAACUCCCUUUUUUUUUAAAAAAUGAUUUGGGGGCGGGGAGGAAGCUAUCAGCACCACUCCGGCAUAUGCAGUGCCAGGAUCUCACAGUGCAAGCCCUAUGCUCUACUACUUAAGUCACAUUCUCAGCCACCUCAGAUACUGCUGGGUAGAACCAGAGAGAUGGGUUGAGUACCCAGGGAGGUAGCAGUCAGGACACUGUCCCACUGUCCUGUCAUCUGUCCUUUUCUCCGAGGCCUAGCCCCAGCAGGUCUCCUUGCAGCCUGCAGCUUCCUCCCACACAUACACACUUUGCCAGGAAGGGAGACACUCCCCCCCACUCACCACCCCCAACCCUGUCAGCAUUGAGAUGAGCCAGCAGCAAGGCCUUAGUUCUCUGUUUCAAGGCACUAACUUUAAGGCUCCGAGUGCCUGGGUUAUUUAUACUCAUCAAGGCCAGUGUUCAAUAGCCACUAGAAGGGCAGGCUCCACUGAAGAGGGAGAACAGCUUCUGGGAGAACAGUGUCUUCCUCCUACUACCCCUUUCCUGCUCCCUUCAUGCUGAGGAGGGCAGGGGCGCCAGCUGUAUGGACAGCUGGCUGUCAGGGAGACUGGGCCUGGGGCAUGAGUCACCGCGGCUCCUCUCCUUUGCUUGAGACCCCUGGAGCCUUUAUCCUGCUAUUAGGAGACCCAAGCUCCUCUCCCUGUGAGUUUUGAGCUGUUUUCACUGGACCCCUUGGCUUGGGCAAGAGUCCCCUGGUAAACAGAGUGGUGGUGGUGGGGUCUCCUUGGAGCUGCUCAGUUAUUCUCUCCACACCCUGCUGCUCACCCUGUCACCCAAGUCAGCACCCAGCCAGGGAGACGCUAAGGAUCCUGAGGCUAGGUGGGUACCAGUUUCAAAGGGGCUCUUGUGCUCAAGUACAAGGGUGUGAAUACCAAAGGUCUUGGAGCUGGUGGCAGAGCAGAGAUAGACUACUGGUUUACCACACUACCACUGAUGUCUAUUCAGUGCAAGGUUCAGUGGAUGUUGUGGUCUCUGCUAGAUACUGCGUAUGUGUGCAUGUGUGUACAAGCAGUUGUUUCCACUCUUUCUAGUUGCAAUCCUUGGGCCCUAACUUGAUCCUGGAAUCUAAGAGUUACCUGGAUCUGAGAAUCCACCAAGCUUCAGGGUGGGGCAUGUGGAAAAGGCCCCUGUGCUUCUCUGAAGCUAAACUGAGCCUCUUUCGGUCACCACUGGUUCACAUGUCCAUAAGGAGUGAGUCUCUGUAUGGGAGGGGGCUUAGUGAGGACCUCAGAGAAUGGAGGUGGAAGAGAGUUCUGGGCCUAUCAGGUUUUCUGUGCAUACAUUAUGUAGGGGUUUAGGCCUAUCUCUGAGCCAAGAGCCAGGAUUCUCCACAAGGGACUCCUCACAGGCACAGCGGCGCCCCUCCCCCAAUACUGCAGGCCCAAUGCUCUGAGCUCCAUUCUCAGUGCCACCUAAUGGUCACGGGUCCAUCGGAAGGGUCCGGAGCUGGAACUGUUGCUAACUUUUUCACUUUUCUAAUUCCUGAGUGGGCCACUCAGAUUAGUUCUAGCCCCUCCCCCCCCCCCCCCCCGCUUCCCCCAGAGGACUGGUGGGAAAUCAGGAGGUUUCAGAGUGUCUUCAAGAGUGAAUAAAGGUUGGCUGCCUUUU